AUGUCAGGUCUUGAUAUCCCAGCGGAUUUGUUUAAAAAGUUGGUUAGUGUUCUAACCACUUGGCUAAAGACAUUAGAUGAAUUUACUAAGAAAGAAGAAGAGUUCGUUAAUACUUCACGAAAUUUACGAAAUCCUAGUGUCGAUCCCAAAUACUGGGCUACAACAAGUGAAUUAACGUACUCAGUGGGGAAUAUAUGCGAAUGUUAUAAAAACACAAACCAACAAUCACUCCUGGAACCUUUGAAAAAAAUUUGUGGCAUACUACCCUCUAUAAACGACAUUUUUGUUGAGAGGGAAGAAAUUCUAAAAGAAAUCAACCGGAAAUGUCGAAAAAUUCGGAAACCAGAACUCCCAGAGAAUGGAAAUGAAAUUUCAGGAAGGAAUAAAAAGAUUUCACAAUCAGUUGAUUCGUUAACAAGUCGUUUACACGCUAUUGAAUACAUAAUAAACGUCAAUUUGGUAGAUCUCACUUCAACGUUAGAAGUGUUUUUAUCGUCAUCCUUCCAUGCUCAUCUCGAUUGCACUUACGAAUUUUUCCAAAAAGCAUCGAUAGUCAAUCAACAAAUGUCAGAUUUAUUGAAUACUGGUGAAAGUGAACUCAAUCUGUUAGAUAAAAAAAUGGACGAGGAUAUGAACUCCAUAUACAAGCUUUUACAUCUGAAAUCUGAAAAAUAA